UUGCGAACAGGAAAAUGGCAACUAACAACAUUGUUAAGAACGUCAUUGCUAAACGUUUGAUGUCGACAUCCGGCCAAACUACCAGAUACAUUUCUCCGGUCUCAGCCCUAAGUCAAAUUAGUCAUAAGGUCAGCCCAUUCGAACAGCGAUUGCUCGUAUGGAGCGGUCAAUUCAAAAAGAUAACCGACGUUCCCUCUCUCGUCUCGCGGGAUACAAUGGAAAAGGCUCGCAAUCAUUACCGGAUCCGUGUUAAUCUUGUCAUCGCCGGUCUGGCGGUUCUCGGCUCGUUCGCCAUGGUAAUCAGCGGAAAGAACGCAGCUCAUCGCGGCGAAAACAUCAACGACUACAACGCUGAAUGGCAUCGAAAAUACAACGAAACCUACAAAUACGAUCAUUAAGUGAUUCGA